CGGGAAUGCGCCCCGGGGACCAGUGGGCGGUUAUAACCCAGGGCCUGCAGGAGCUGAGAAGGAGGCUUUGGCAGGAAGGCAGCACGGGCUGAGGAGUCUGCAGCUGAGCCGGAAGCCAGCUCCUCACCCCAGACAGACGAGGCAGGUGCAGCAGCCAUGGGUCGAGCAGCAGACCCCUGGAUGUGGAUGCUGGGCGCCCUGAUCAUGGCCCUGAUUCUGGGGGCCACAGAGCCUGUCCUUGCGAAUGACAUCUCCUGUGACAACCCCUCGGCCACCACCGGGUCCUCCGAGUCAUCGGACAGCAGCCGGGACCUCGGAGGCGAGGCCGAGGCCGGGGAGGACACCAGGUCCGAGGACGACGACAGCAGCAGCCGCAUCGUGAACGGGUCAGACUGCGAGACGGACUCGCAGCCCUGGCAGGGCGCGCUGCUGCUGGCGCCCAGAAAGCUGUACUGCGGGGCGGUGCUGGUGCACCCUCAGUGGCUGCUCACGGCCGCGCACUGCCGGAAGCCAGUCUACAGGGUCCGUCUCGGCCACCACUCCAGGUCUCCCGUCUAUGAAUCUGGACAGCAGAUGUUCCGGGGAAUCAAAUCCAUCCCCCACCCUGGCUACUCCUACCCUAGCCACUCCAACGACCUCAUGCUCAUCAAACUGAACAAAAAAAUCCGCAUCAGCCACUCGGUCAAGCCUAUCAACAUCUCCUCCCACUGCCCAUCCGCCGGGACCCAGUGCCUAGUGUCGGGCUGGGGCACCACCAGCAGCUCCCAGCACAACUUCCCCAAGAAGCUCCAGUGCCUCGGUGUCAAAGUGCUGAGCGAGGAGAAGUGUAAGGAUGCCUACCCGGGACAGAUAGAUGACUCCAUGUUCUGCGCUGGUGACAAGGAUGCCAGAGACUCCUGUCAGGGUGACUCCGGGGGCCCUGUGGUCUGCAACAGCUACCUGCAGGGCUUGGUGUCCUGGGGUGACUUCCCCUGUGCCCAGCCCAACAGACCAGGCGUGUACACCAACCUCUGCCGGUUCAAAAAGUGGAUCCACACCACCAUCAAGAACAACUGAGUCCCCCAGGCCCAGAGACACCGGCAUCUCCACUGCUGCAGGGCCACGCUCACCUUCCCGAGGACGCCAAGGACCGACUCCUCGGCUCUGGGUCAGGACGCCCUUCCCGCCAGCGGGACCCUAAGGACAGUUCCCAGAAUAUCCAGGGCGGGAUUAUAUCUCCUACCUCCAGCCCAGAGCAUCCAUUGCAACUUUAACCAUGACCCAAAUUCAGUUCCUGAAAUAAAACAUCUCAGAAGUGGC